AUGGGUGGCCAUCAGGCUUCGAUCACCUCCCAACAAGAAAAUGACUUCGUUCACGGACUCGUCUCCUACCGUGAGAUGUUCACCGGCGGAGCCUAUUUCGGCAGCAACCCGGUUUACGUGAACUCCGACGGUCGGCCGUUUUCUAACUUCGAAAAUUGGGAAGACGGAAGCCGACCAGCGAUGAAUCGAGCUCGGCGAUGCAUCAAGGUCAACGAGUACGGCAAGUGGUUCCAAUCGUGUUGCAAACAGUACGGGGCCACCGUAUGCAAAAAGCCGUCACCGCAGCCGGUGGCCGACGGGCUACCGUCCGCAGACAACGACCAGCACCCGGACGCCGUGGACUACCAGGUACACAACGACGAUCAGCCCAUCGACCACAAGCCGCACAACGACGACACCGAGGCCCCGAACCACCACCCUAUACCCCUGGACGAGCACGUACGCCCUGGACCCGGCAUGGACUCGCACCUACAAACACAAAUAUUAUUGGAAGCCAUCAAA